AUGAAUGUGACGGUCGGUGGCAGAUGUGGUGACGAUGAUAGGGGUAGCGGUGACUAUGACAAUGGUGGUUGCGGUGGUAAACACGAGAAUGCAUUGUUGGUGAUUUGUGUCAUCUAUGUAGAGUUAGGGUUUCGAUUCAGUCGAGCGAGUUGUUGUAGAAUCAAAGGUGCUAAGUGGACUUCCUUUCUUCGAGUAUAUGCAAUGGUGAAAGGGAAACUUAUUCUAAUUUGCCAAUCUGGUGGUAAGUUUGUGACCGAAGAUGAUGGAACAAUGUCAUAUAGUGGUGGAGAAGCAAAUGCAGAAAAUAUCACCAGUGAGACACCAUUCAAUGAUAUAAAGUUAAAGCUGGCUGAGGCAUGUAAUUUCGAUCAGAAGACAAUAAGCAUCAAAUAUUUCCUCCCAGGAAACAAGAAAAACCUAAUUGUCAUGAAGAAUGACAAAGAUCUGAAAAGAAUGAUUGAUUUUCAUGGGGAUGCCAUCACAGCAGAGGUCUUUGUUAUGGGAACACCAGGUUUUGAUCGUAGUGCCCUAGACAUCGAAUCCAACAGGGAAAUUGUCACCAAGAAAGAUGAGACCUUGAAAAAAGAUGACACUGUUGUAAAAGUAAAACACAGUAAUUCAAAAACCAAGAAAGGUGGCAAAGAAAAGGUGACAACAGCUCCUCCUUCUUUUGCAUCUCCAGCUAAGAGGACACGUCGUGCCAUUGCUGCUGCUGCUGCAGCAGCUGCAGCAGCAGCAGCAGCAGCUGCUAAAGUGUCAUCUGAUGACAAUAAAGAAGGCGGCAGUGACAAAUCCAGUGGUGCCACAUCAGAAGAUUCCGGCAAUGACACUUCCUCAAGCUCUGAUUCCGACCCUGGAAAUGAAAAGGCGAAUUCCGAUUCCGGUUCAGACUAUCGCCCUAAAAGGUCUUCAAUGAGAAAGCACACGGAUUUAACUACAAGUCCUGCUGAUUCUGUCAAGAAAAGGAGGCGGACCCCAUCUUGGAAAUUUGGCGCCAACGGGCGUCCCACAAUCGUUUCUUCCCCUGAUUCGGGGUCAAAACGGGAAAAAAGUGGGAAAAAUAACGAUGAAAGUUCACAAAGGAAGAUUCGGAGGUUAGCUGCUAAAGGAGAUAGCUCUACAGAAACAAAAGAAAGAAAGAGUGAUCAAGAAAGUGAAUCUGAGGAAAACUUACCUCUCGCCAUUUAUGACGAUUAUACCCUUACCGAAACAAUGGUGGAUGCAUGGAAGUCAUCCAUCACUGGUGUCGGGCAGGAGUUCAAAAGUGUAAAUGAAUUCCGGGCAGCCCUGAAAAAGUAUGCCAUAGCAAACCGAUUCGGAUACAGAUUCAAGAAAAAUGACACAAGUCGUGCAGUUGGAAGGUGUGCUGCUGAAGGGUGUACUUGGAAGUUUUAUGCUGCGUGGGUCCCCACCACACAAUCUUUUACUAUAAAAACAAUGCAUAAUCAACACACUUGUGAUAAAGAAUCAAGAAAAUCAGCCCACCCUGCAAAGAACUGGUUGGUGGGGACCAUAAAAGAUAAGUUAAAAGAAUCGCCAUAUUUGAAACCAAAAGAGAUUGCUAAUGAGAUUUUGCAGGAUUUUGGGGUGGAAUUGAAUUAUACACAAGUGUGGCGUGGGAUUGGGGAUGCUAGGGAACAACUUCAUGGAUCACUUAAAGAAUCUUACAACAAACUCCCUUGGUUUUGUGACAAGAUUCUAGAAACAAAUCCAGGUAGUGUGGCUAAACUCAUAAUUGGUGAUAAAAAAAGAUUCAAAUCCCUUUUUGUAUGUUUCCACGCGUUGAUUCAUGGUUUCAAGAACUGUCGCCCUCUUCUUUUCUUGGAAUCUGCUUCUAUGAAGUCUAGGUAUGGGGAGACUCUGUUGAUGGCUAUCACGGUUGAUGGAAAUGACGGUUUUAUCCCUGUUGCAUUUGCUGUAGUGGAUGUGGAAGAUGAUGACACCUGGCGUUGGUUUUUGGAGGAGCUAAAGGGUUCGAUUUUGGACUCGAGGGCUAUUACAUUUGUGGUUGAUAGAGAUAAGAAGUUGAAAAAUCUUGUUGUUGAGGUUUUUCAAAAUGCUUACAUUGGUUACUCUAUUCACCAUCUUUUAGCAAGUUUCAAGAGACACAUGAAGGGUCCUUUCCAUGGUGAUGGAAAAGCUUUUUUGUCUGUUCAUUUAUUGGCUGCAGCACAAGCGGUUCGACCCGUGGGUUUUAAAAAGUCAACUGAACACAUUAAGACAAUAUCUUCACAAGCUCAUGAUUGGGUCAUGCAAAUUGAGCCUGAAAAGUAUGCGAGUUCUUAUUUUAAAGGUGAGAGGUAUAACCACAUCACUGAAGAUGUUGGUGAAUCGUAUGCUAAGUUAAUGGAAGAACAUCGCCACUUACCCAUAUUGCAAAAGAUAGAUGCUUUGAUUCGUACCAUGAUUGAUGACAUGGAAUAUGCUAAAUUAGAUGGGAGUAUGUGGGUGAGUCAACUCACUGCUUUGAAAGAGAGAGAAUUGGAACAAGAGAAAGUUAGGGCAACUGGGUUGAAAGUCUUGAUUUCUUCUGAUGUAAUUUUUGAGGUUCGUGAAGAAUCUACACAUGUUGUGAAUGUUGGUGAUUGGAGUUGUACGUGUAUGAUGUGGAAGCGGAUUGGGUUGCCAUGUCAUCAUGCUGUUGCGGUUUUUAUGCUGACUGGUAAAAAUCCGUAUGAUUUUUGUUCUGGUUAUUUCACUGCUGAUGCGUAUCGGUUGACUUAUGCUGAGUCAAUAAACCCAAUACCGAUUGAUGGGCCACAUUUGGUGAAAGAUGUGGGUAGGAGGUUGGAUUUUGGGAAAGAUGAGGGGGGUAAUGUAGAUGCUGAAAAAGUUAAGGGUGUAAAGUUGGAUGCGGAGAAAGACGAGGGUGGUGGUAAUGUAGACAUUGAAAUGGAAGAGGGCGUGAAGUUGGAUGACAAGAAAGAUGAGGGUAGCAAAGUGGAAAUUGAAAAAGAUGAGGGUAGUAAAGCUGACAAUGAAAAAGAUGAAGGUAGUAAUGUAGAGGCUGACAAGGAUGAUGGUAGAAAGUUGGAUGUUGAGAAAGACGAGGGUGGUAAUGUAGAUACUGAAAUGGAAGAGGGUAUGAGGUUGGAUGAAAAGAAAGACGAGGGUGGUAAAGUGGAAACCGAAAAAGACGAGGGUAGCAAAGUGGAGAGUGAAAAAGAAGAGGUGGGGAAGCUGGAUGUUGAGAAAGAUGAGGGGGGUAACAUGGAUACUGAAAUGGAAGAGGGUGUGAAGGAAGAUGAAGGUAGCAAAGUGGAAAAUGAAAAAGAUGAGGGUAGUAAAGUGGAGACUGAAAAAGAAGAGGGGGGUAAGUUGGAUGGUGAGAAAACUGAGGUUAAGAUUAGAGAAGAACAUGAGGAUCCAAAUGUGUUUGUGCUACCUCCAAUUCCUGUAAAAGGGGCUUCUUCAAUGGUGAAGAAAGAGAAAGAGAAAGAGAAAGAGAAAGAGAUUGAAGGUGUUGAAACAGAAGCAGAAUUGAAAAGGAAAGUGACUUGUAGCACAUGCAAGAAACCAGGGCACUAUAAGAAGUCUUGCAAGGUUAAUUCAUAGGUAAAUUUAGUCUAUUGUAUAUAUAAUUAUAUAUAUAUCUAUUAUCUAUAUUUUAUGCAGGUUUGUAGUGUAAACUUGAAUCUUGUGGUCUUUGUUUGGAGACUUGUGGUAGUCGUAAGUGUUAUAUUUAGUUUUUCAUUGUGUGUGAUUAUGAGCGAGUAGGAUUUGAGAGAGUUUAAGUGCAAGAAAUGACAAUGUACUUUUAUUCAUUUUUUUAGAUUGUUCUUAGUUUUGGUUUGCUAAGAAUGUUGCGGAUGAAAAUAUGAUGCUAUAAUAAACAUAUCGAUGAAAGUACAUUGUUGUUUCUUGCAUUUAACCUAUGAGUUUUUUAUGAGAAUUUAACGUAUGGAUGGAAGAAAGAGGUG